AGUUGCGGGCUGCUGUGCUGUUGCUGUCGUGGCGGUGUGGCUAGUCGCGGGGAACUUUAGCACACUGGAGCCCGAAGUCCCACUCUCUCACCUGCGCAGUUUGGAGCUGCCAUGGGUCUCGCGCCUGGAUUUACAAUCUUAAUCAUUCUGCCGGCCUUUCUUCACACGAGCGGCCUGUAUAUCGCCAGUAGCGUAGACUCCCUGCAGCAUGUCCUGGGGGAGUAUGGACUGGUGAGGCCCGUGAGCGUGGACGCAGACGGCCGCUUCUUGUCCCACGCUGUGUCAGCCGGCCUGGUGGGUGCGGGGCAGUCCCGUAGGCGCUGGAGGAGAGAGGCUGGAGAGAACGGGGGAGAAGGAGAAAGAGGUGAAGAAAAAGAGGGAAUGUACGAGGAGGAGGACGGAGGGCCCCUACACAGACAGCUUUAUUACAACGUCACCGUCUUCGGCCGGGAGUUCCAACUGCGUCUGCGUCACAACGCGCGACUGGUGGCCCCCGGAGCCAAGAUGGAGUGGCAUGACGAUGACGACAGCAACGGGACAGCCACGCGCUCCGAGCCACUGCAGGGAGACUGUUUCUAUGUGGGCGAUGUCACAGACACGCCCGGAACCACCGUAGCCAUCAGCAACUGUGACGGCCUGGUGAGUUUUGGUUGUUUCGGUUACUGUAGAGUCAAUGCAAUCCACUGAACACAUUUUGACUGCUCUCCAAUGGGAACAU